UGUUCCACUCGGCUAAACCACAGCCUACAUUUCCAGGCUCUGAGCACACCAAGUGCAGAAUCUGCUUGCACAUAGCUGGGUCCCAGGGAUCAAAUGGUUGCCUGCACUCUUGCCUCCUUAAGGAGACCUCUAAGGAGGAGGUGGAUGGACACCACAGUGGUCCUUAUUCUUCUGGUCUGUCUGUGGGGUGUCUCAGCUCCUUCAGAUGUCCUGGUGCCUACCACAGACUCUGCUGCUAAUCCCGCAGAGCUGAGGCUAGUCAACGGCUUUCAUCGAUGUUCGGGAAGAGUGGAAGUGUAUCAUACACAGUAUAAAACUGUGUGUGAUGAUGGCUGGGACCUAAAGGAAGCCACAGUUGUGUGCAGGCAGCUUGAUUGUGGAACAGCCAUAUCUGUCCAGCGAAGAGCUCAGUUUGGACAAGGAUCUGGUCCCAUCGGGCUAGAUGGUGUGGAAUGCACAGGAACAGAAACAUCCUUAGUUACUUGCAAGCACAAGCCUUGGGAAAGCCAUGACUGCAAUCAUGGAGAAGAUGUUGGUGUUGUAUGUUCUGAUGAUCUCAGGCUGGUAAAUGGCUCAAAUCGCUGCAGUGGAAGAGUUGAGUUUCGGCCGCACCACAAUUAUUCAUGGGGAACUGUUUGUGGCCAUAUGUGGGAUUUAAAGGAUGCUGAAGUUGUGUGCAAGCAACUGGGCUGUGGAAAAGCUGUGUCGGCCUCAGGAGGAGCUCAUUUUGGACGCGGAUCAGGUCCUAUCUGGCUGGAUGGCGUUAACUGCAAAGGCACAGAAGAUGCCAUCGCAAAAUGCAAAGCAAAUAACCAGGGGAGCAACAGCUGUAAUCAUGGACAAGAUGCGGGAGUUGUUUGCUCAGAGUCAUCCACAAUCAAUAUGGAUACAGUCAGACUAGCAGGUGGUCCAAACUCCUGCGCCGGAAGAGUUGAAGUGUUCUACCAGCAGCAGUGGGGAACUGUGUGCAAUGGAUGGAGCCUGCAAGAUGCUAGUGUUGUGUGCAAACAGCUGGGCUGUUCAAAAGCUGUAAAUACUUCAAAAUUUGGAGGAGGACGUGGCCCCAUCUGGCUGAAUAAUGUGAAAUGUAUGGGGUCUGAACAAUCCCUCAAAGACUGCAAGGGUGGUACUGCAGGAGAACAUGAUUGUGUCCACAAAGAUGAUGUUGGUGUGGUGUGUUCAGGCAGACGUUCCUCAGGUAUUUCUCCCUGGUCCCCUGCCUUCUGGGUGAUGUUUAUGGUGGCUCGUCUGUCCUUUUUAGACUCUGUAUGACAUUUCAUGUGUAAAGGAAGAAGCAUAAUUUCCAGUUGUCCAACUUCAAUAGCUGCAAUCAAUUUCAAAUAUCUAUGUCUUACCACCCUGCUAGUCAUGUGAAUUUCUGGAAGCAAAUUGAAUAAAGCAAUUACGUUUUCUGAUU